UGGUGACAGAAAAACCGGAAAUACGUCAGAAAAGCGCGCCGUUGUUUGCCUUUAGAGCCCUGAAGGAUCAGAUUAAAAGUUUGUUUUAGUUGUUGGGGUUUUUUUUUAUCAUUUAUUUAUUUAUCUAUUUAUUUAUUUUUGCUUUCUAUUAUAUUGGUAGUUGCUAAUCUCAAUAACAUUUAUAUUUCAGUCUAAGACCGCAGGCAGAAAAUAUGUAGCUAAUGAAGCUACAUCUAAACAAUUCAUUACUUGUUUAUGUUUUUGCUAGCUAGCUAGUCACGAACAAGCUAAUAUCAGUGUUUACAACCACUAGCCAGCUAAGUUUUCCAAACAACGAUACCCAAUUUACGGGCAUAAUUUCGCCUUAAUUUGUACAUUAUAUAAAUAUAGCCAUGUCGUGCACCCUGGAAAAGGUGUUGUCUGAUGCCCGGACUUUGCUGGAGCGAUUAAAAGAGCACGACAAUGCAGCCGAGAGUCUUAUCGAGCAGUCCAGUUCUCUCAACCAGAGAAUACACUGCAUGAAGGAAGUCGGAAAUGCUCUUCCUGACAAGUACAUGGAGACAGUUCCAGGAUAUCAGGAGCUGUCCAAAUCCAAACCGCAUAUUCUCCUGACCCAGGAGAACACCCAAAUCAAGGAACUUCAGCAAGAAAACAAAGAGCUUUGGCUUUCUUUAGAAGAGCACCAGUACGCUCUGGAAUUGAUCAUGGGCCGAUAUCGGAAACAAAUGCUGCAGCUGAUGAUGAAAAAGAAGGAGAUGGAUACCAGGCCUGUGCUCAGCCUUCAUGAGGAUCAUGCCAAAGAGGUGCAGAGCCAAAUGGAGCGGAUUUGUGAAAUGGGCCAGGUGAUGCGCAGAGCAGUACAGGUGGAUGACCAGCACUACUGCUCUGUGAAAGAGAAACUGGCUCAGCUGGAGAUUGAAAACAAGGAGCUGCAUGACCUCUUGGCCAUCAGUAAGAAUAUGUUGAAACCACAGCGAGAACAGGUGAGCCACCCUGACGCAGAGCCCAAGCCCAAAGUUAUUGACAAGGAGUGAUGCCGUCUGAAGACAUGAAACGUUGCUCUGCUUUAUGGCUACAGUUUAGUGCAAUGUCUGUCGUACCCUCUCAGGUCUCUUGGUGUACAUGUUUGUUGUGGCUUUUUGGUGUUGCUGACUGGUCUCAGUGUAACCUGGUCUCUUUUUACCCACUGAAUAGAGUUGUAGAGGGAAAGUUGCUUUCUGUUUCUCUCAGGAAAGGCUUACAGUCUCAGUUUGUCUGUUUAAACAGAAGAUAAAUCUAUGGAAAAUUGAAAUACUCAUGCAACAUGUUUAUAUAGGCCUUCAAAAUUAACCUCAACAUAGAGUGCCUUGCAAAAGGAUUUAAAUUUCCUACACAUUGUAAUGCAUUGACAUGGAAACAAAAGUGGUCAUGCUGAUUAUAAACAAUAGUUUGUUUUUAAACUGAAUCCUUAAUGAAUUUUAUUCUGUCCAGUGCACUCUUGACAAUCCUGUUGGCAUUUUGACUACAAAAUUAAAUUUUCAUGAUUCCACCCACAUAUGUUUUGGAAAGGAGGAGAGAGAAGCUAAUUUUGUAAGGAAACACAAAGGUUAGUGAGAUUCGUGACCUAGGAUGGCAGUAAACUAGUCACUUGAAGAAGUAAUCAAAAAGCUCUCUAAGAGCUCUUUGUGAACACAUCAUACAUUAAUGAAACAGUUUGAUUCCUCUACUCAGCAUAGCAGGGGAUUGAAUGUUUGCAGAAGUGCAAAAGUGCACUCAUUUUUAUUCAGCAUAACCUUGUGUGUUUACCCUUAAAUAUGUUUUAAAUAUAAAAGUUUCUGGAUGGUUAAAUACUUUUGCAAGACACUAAUUCAUUUUGUUGUUUUUUUGUGUGUCUUAUUCCUAUUAGUUAUGUAACCUUGUGUCUGAAUGACAUGCAGUAGCCUUUAUUCAAAUAAAUACAUUUCCUCUAUUUCAUUUACAGGUUGGGUAAAAUCUUUGGCCACAUAAAUUCCAUAGACUUCAUGUUUGUGUACAGGUUUUUUGUUCUGUGUUUCAGUGUUCGCUUCAUCAAGCACAAUUUUUCUUUUGUUUUUGUUUUUUUUGUUUAUUAUAAUAUGAACCUUUUGGUUUUAAAUAAUCCAAAAUAUGGAUUUGGGGUUAAAAAUGGUGCUGGUUGUCCAGACAGUGGUUUAUUUAUAAUGAUGAGUAUGAACUAAAAAACAUUAUUUGUUCAAAGAUCACGAACAAAGCUUUUAGUGCUGUGCAUGUCCUUGUAUUAUUAGGUUGUUGCAUUUUAUUGUCUUUAUCUGUCUUUUUUUU